UCUGUUUUUCAUCUUUUUACUCAAACCUCUCACAGAAACUUCUUAUACAUUUUAGUUGGAAGAUUUUGCCUCAUAUUUCAUUGAAAAAAUUGAGAUCAUUUGCCAGUUUUCUCCUCCUAAAUCGACAUAUCCCAGAUGUCCUCGGUGAUUAUACCCAUCUAAAUGUACCUGCCUCAAAUAAGGUGGCCCUUUUCCUUACCAUAGCAAACAACACCACCUACACAGAUGAUCCUAUUUCAUCCCAACUUCUCCAGCAUCAUUCCCAUUUCCAAUUUUAAGACUAUUGAUCCUUCUCUUCUCAAUGCCCUCUUCUUUCUAGGUUUCAAUGAAACUAUCCUGAUUCUCCUAUAUGAUCACCCUUCAAUCUCCUCUGCUGGACUUUCAUCCAGGUCAUGUCUCAUGAAUUGGGUGUUCUCUCCUGGUCCCUUUUCUCUAUACUAUUUCUCUAGAUAAUCUUUGCUCCCAAAGAUUCAGUUAUCAACUCUGCUGAUGAUUCUCAAAUUAAUUUUAUCUUUGUUGAAUUUUACAGAUGGCUCCCCUGGACUAUUGCAUUAACCUGUUAAUUGAUUUCCCUUCCACAGGUCUCUUCCCACUUUAGUCCAUAUUCCACUUAGCUGCCAAAAUAGGUUUCCUAAAUACCAAUCUGACCAUGUCACUCUCCUACCCAAUAAAUUCCAAAAGCUCUUUCAUAUCUAGUACCAAAUAUAAAAUCCUCUGUUUGGCUUUCAAAGCCCUUCAUAAGUUGAUCCCUUCCUACUUUUUCAGUCUUCUAACAUUACUGUCAUAGUGGAGUAGUGAUUCAAUGAUACUUCCUUGCCAUUCCUCAAACAAGACAUUUCAUCUUCUGAUUCCAAGCAUUUUCUUUGGCUGUCUCCAGGGGUAAGUAUGCUGAUAAAUGUCUAACUAGUUCUCUAGGAAAAAAAGCAAACCAUAUACAUGACAUACUUUUAAAUGUAAUCUUUUGUAUUAACAUUUUCUCCAUCACUUAAGCUUAGAAACCAACCAAAUUGGUUUAUCAAUGAUAACCAAUGGUUUAACCAAAUGAUAAACCAAUUCCUCAUUUUUAGCAUUUACCAAUCUCCAAAGUGUAAAUGCUCACAAUAAAAGUUUGACAAUCCAUUUGGCUCUCACACACUUCUCCAGACAGCACUGUGAUACUAACCCUGGGUUGGGAACUUGGAUUCAGCCCCCAAAUUAAGAUUAGGGCUAUGGAAGUAAUGUUCAAUCUAAUCUUUAAUUACCCAGGGCAGGGAAAUGUCACUCGGGGAGGGGAAUCUCAGUAGAUCCCUGGAACAUAACGGGGCUACAAAAUUAACAUUCUAACCCUGGGAGAAGAAAGGUAUAGUCUCUAACUCAGAGAAGAGAUCUUGGAGCCAGGAAUAGAACAAGGGCUAUAACUCUGUCAUUCUAAACCAAGAGGGAUGGGGGUCUCAAGAGUUAGAUACUGGGAGCAGAACAGAUUUGGGGUUCUGUAGCUCUGACCCCAGCAACUUGACACCAGAUAAAGUGGGCCAGAAAACAUAAAAGGACAUAGCAGUUUGUUAGAGUUUGACCUUAAGUUAAAGUCCCAAUCAGAGAAGAAAGGUUGGAGGAAUGAAUAAACUUCAAAGAAAGGUUUGUACACAAGAUUGGGAUUCAUGGAAGAAAUGAAGCAAGAUAUAAAAAAAAUGACAGUACUACAUAAAUGAAUUAGAAAAAACAAAGAGCUAAGAAGGAAAGACUUGGCAAAACAAUAAUCUUGCACAAGAAGUACAAAAAAUUACCAAAGUUACAGAUUCCCUAAAAACAGAAUGAUCCAAAUGGAAGUUAAUGACAGUGUGAAGCAACAAGAAAUAUUAAAACAAAUGCAAAGAAUGACUUUCAAAAUAAAAGAAAAUGGAAGAUAUCACAUAUCAAAAACAACUGACCUAGAAACCUAAUCAAGGAUAGCACAGUGCCAGAAUUUGGAGUCAGGAAAUUGUUGUGGAAUAAUUUCAGUUAUGUCUAACUUUUUGUGACGCCAUUUGAGGUCUUUUUUGCAAAGAUACUGGAGUGGUUCCUUUUUCAGCUCAUUUUACAGAUGAGGAAAAGAAAGCAAACUGGAUUAAAUGAAUUAUCCAAGAUCACUCAGUUAGUAAAGGUCUGAGACUGGAUUUGAACUCACAAAAAUUCCAUGCCCAGCACUGUUUCUACUGCACCACUUGGCACUACCCAGGAUCAGAUUAAGAAGAUCUAAGUUCAAAUUCUACCUUUAAAAAUUACCAGCUGUGUGACUCUGAGAAAGUCACUUUAUAGCCUCACUCCCCCCCUCCCAAAUAGGAUUCUAUCUCAUAGGUUGUUAUGGGGGCCAAAGAGAUAACAUAGGUAAAAUGUUCUGCAAACAUUAAUAACUAAUGCUAGUUAUUUAAGAAUCAUUGGAGUACCUGAAACCAUAACAAAAUGAAUAUCAUAUAUCAAGUAAAACUCCCAAACUUUAGAACCAGAGGGAAAAAUUGAAAUAGAAAGGAACCUCUUGGAUACCUCUUGAAAGAAAUUACAAAAUGAAAAUGCCCAGGAACAUUAUAUACAAUAUUUCUCAGCUCUCCAGUGUCACAGAAAAAUAUUGCAAGCAACCAAAAAGAAAAAAGAAACAGAAGCACACAAGAUUUAGCAGCUUCAACUAUAAAGGAUUAAAAACUAAAAAACAAGAUAUAGGCCUACAACCAAGAAUAACUUAUCUAACAACAUAGAAUAUAAUUCUAUGUAGAAGAAAUGGAUCUCUGAUGAAAUAAGGGAUUUCUAAGAAUUCUCCAUGAUAAGACUAAAAUUGGGUAAAAACUCUGAAAUAGACACACGAGUCAAGAAAAACAUAAAAAGAGAAUAAUUGGAAAAGACUUUAUAAGAAUGAACCAUUUACAUUUUGAGAGGAGAAGAAUGAUACCAAGUAUCCCUUCAGGACCCUCAUGUUAUCAGGAGGCAUGGAAAGAAUCAAAUAAGAGAGAAGAUCUGGCAAUGAUUUUGUUGUUUUGUUCCUAAAAGAAUAAGGAAAAGGAAGGGGACCGGGAAAGAUACAAUAGAGUUAAAACAAGGAAGUAGAACAGGGACACUUAGUGAUUUCACAUAAUUAGAGAGUAUGUAAGCGGAAAAUAUUAGUGAAGAAGGAGCCAGGGGAGUAGGUUUGAACUUCAUUUUAAUGCAAUCUGGUCCAAGGAAUGUAGAAUACACAAACAUAAACACAUUCAUCUCAACAAGGAACAGGAGAGAGAGGAUUAUUAUAUAAUUACGAAUGUAAGUGCGAAAAACUUAUCCAGAAAAUAGAAGAGGAUAGAAGAAUGUAUUAAAAAGCAGAAUCUAACAAUAUGUGUGUUUAUAAGAAACACAUUUGAAACAUUAAAAACUCAUUCAAAAGUAGUGCUUAAAGUAAGCUUAAAGUAAAGUAAGCGGUUAGAGCAAACUCUAUUAUGCCUCAGUUGAACUCAAAAAAGCCAGGGUAGUAAUUAUGAUAUCUGACCAGGCAAGAGAAAAUUAAUUAAAAUUAAUUAAAUUAACAAUUAAAAGCGACAAACAGGAAAACUACAUUUUACUGAAAGAUAUCAUAGAAAAUGAAUAUAUUUCAAUACUUAACUAAAUGGCCUAGUAUCUAAAUACUUAAAUAGCUAAAUGAGUUAGGCUGAGAAACUAAGUAAAAACUAAGAGUGGGAAACUUUAAUGUAUCCCUUUUCAGAGCUAGAGAAAUGUUACCAAAAAAAGAAAAUUGCAAAUGCAGAAAAGCAUAAAUAUCAAAAUAUAUCCUUUACUGACCAUAAUACAAUAAAAAUUCUAUUUAUUAGGGAGAUAUUGAAGAAAGAUUACUUGUAGAUUAAAUUACCAAAGUCAAGAGGAAUAAGGAUUAAGAAAGGGUCACUCAAUUUAGAGCUCAUUGGUGACUUUGGAGUGGGAAGUUUUGGUGGAAUCACCAAAUAGGAAGCCAGAUUGAAAAGAAUUUAAUUCAGUAGAGAGUAAGGGGAAGGGAAAUGGAAGUUAACAAAGCCUGCAAGUGUUUGAGGUAGAAUUUCCUGACCUUGUGCUACCCUCCUUUCUAUGUGUCUGUACUUUUUGCUCUGAAGUUGUUUUGGUUACUAGAAGUCAAUCCACCUCAAACAAUUGUCGUUUAAAAUUGUAAAAAGAUGGGGUGCAUCAAAAAGACUUGAUGCUUUCUAAUGUCACUUUCAGCUCUGAAUCUAUAACUCUAUGUAUAAUCUGAUAUAUGACAUAAAACAGAAGGCCAUCAUCAAUUUAAUUAAGGCCCUUUGCUUCCUGUCUUGGGUCAAGUACAAUUUCUAGGCUGAAAACGAACAUGGCGCUGUAUGCCUUCAUUUGACUACAACUCCCAGAAUGCCCAGGAGGCGGCUUCUGGGAGGAAAGCGGGGCGCGAGGGCUAAACUGGACAGGCUCUGCGCAUAUGUAUCUCUCCGGCUCCGCCCUCUUUCUCUCUUUUUCUCCUUCCCCCUUCCCCACCUUUCCUGACCUCAGGCCAUGGAGUCGGACUCUUUCUUUCCUGUGCUAGGUGCCGAGUUCGAGGACUCAGUGUUUGAAGAGUGGCCGCGGUCGCGGGAGCUCGAGCCCCCGUCGGCCUACUGCGCCAAACGCUGCGAGCCCCAGUGGUUUUAUGAAGAAACAGAAAGACAGGAUGAAGCUGAAAUACUUACCAUCAAGAAAUUUAGAGGAGACUUGGCAUACCGGCAACAAGACUUUCAGAAAGCACUUCAGGAAUACUCCAGUUGUUUUGAACUCUUGUCACCUACCAACUUUGCCAUGAGAAGAGAUGUCCAAGAAGGGCAGGCUCGAUGUUUAACUCACCUGGGAAGGCAUAUGGAAGCAUUAGAAAUUGCUGAAAAAUUGGAGAAUGGAGCCAGUAACAGUGACCAUUUAACUACUAUACUCUACCUCCAGCUCACUAUUUAUUCAAAUCUGAAGAACCUAGAGGAAACAAUACUGUGCCUACAAAAACUGAUUUCUUUGCAUCAUUUUAAUCCAUGGAACUGGGUCAAGCUUGCAGAGGCUUACUUGAGUCUUGGACUAGCCCUCUCAGCCUCAUUUCCAUCAUCUCAGAAAGACAGCAGUUUUACCCCAAGUGACCAAGAAUUCAGAACCCCUUUCCCAUCACCAAAAAAAGAUCCUUCUCUACUUUUUUUCAAAAUCUUGAAUGGAGACUCUGGGUUUUCUCUGGGAACAAGUGAAAACUCUAUCAGGGAUGUGCAGCCUGAGGCACCUUUCCAUCUGGCAUGUCAGUCCUGGGUACCCUCAGCAUGGGCAUGGACUCAAAUGAAGGCUUGUGCUUCAUUUGUUAGAGCCAGGCUUUUGCUUCGGCUCAUACAGUCUCAGCAAACAUCUUUUGCUUUAGAGAAGAACUUCAAAGCUCAGGAGGAAGUUGAAGAUAGACUAAAAGGAUUCAACUUUGAAGAAGAAACUUUAUUACUGAUUUCCGAGAUUUAGGGACCUGGCAGCCUAUCUGGUCUGAGUUGUACUGCCCUCGGGGUCUUUGAGGCCCUCCUCCUACCAUCUUGAGGUGUCGUCUUCCUGGGUCCCGCUUGGAGAAACUGAGCACUGGCAUCUGUCAGAAUGCCCUGAGGUAUCAGUCCCAGGAUCUAAUUAUCAGUGAUCCCAUCUUGACAGGUAGUUUACAGGUGGGGCAAAUAAAAGGGCUUAAGAGGGAGGAUGGAACAUCUCUAGCUGAUCCAACCCAAGUUGAUACAGACCUGGAGAUCUCAAAGUUGGAUUCUUGUUCCUUUUCCUUUUCAAGGUCCUUUUCCUUUCCUGUCUGUCCUUGACCCACAGUGAUUGUCCAUUUUCUAAAAUUAUUGUUUGUAUCUUACAGUCUGAUACUUGAUUACUUAUUUCUUUGUAGUAUUUUUCUUUCUAGUUAUGAUUUUUAUAUGCUAUAGAUCACUUGCCCUUGAGGGCAAGGAUUAGCCCUUAUGGUUGUUGUUGGGUUUUUUUAAAUUUCCAUGAGAGUGAAUGCUUAAUAUAUAUCUCACUUUGGGUAAGUCAAUUUUGGCAGUUAACUAAGGGAGAGGAGGUAAUAAAAGGGACUCCCACCCUACUUCCAACUCUGAUAAUCUUCCCUUAUCUGGAUUACUGCAAUAUUCCCCCUAAUUGUGCUUUUAUUCAGUUGCCAUUUCUAAAGCAUGGAUCUGAACAUGACCCUCCUCUGCUGUAGAAGAUCAAAUGGCUCCCUAUUGCCUCUAGGAUCAAAGACAAACUCUUCUGUUUAGCAUUUAAAAUCCUUUACAACCUGGCUCCAGGUAAGCUUUCCAGAUUGAUUUCAUAUGGCAUUCCCUGCCCCAAUCUGACGGGGCUCCCUCUGUUCCCUGUACACGAUUUGCUGCACUUGCCAGGAGUGCUCUUCCCCUUCACUUCUGCCUCUCUAGCUCAAUGUGUGGAUGGGCUUAUAGUGGACUCAAGUCCCCACCCCCAAGGGAAGAAAAGAAUGCU